AAACAUACAGCGCCGAAAUCGCGGUGGGUAAACCCAGCCCGGAUUCGGAUUGAAAAUCUCUUUUUGUGCCUUCAAUACGAAGGGUCUAGACAUUUUGAUUGGAGAGAGGGGUGUUCGAUCUCUGGAUACCAUGCCAGAGAUCGAACGCGGCUCAGGGAGUGGGGCCGCUUCGGCUACCUCGUCGGAGAAGGCUUUGUUUGGGAAGUAUGAGCUCGGCAGAUUGCUGGGCUGUGGGGCGUUUGCGAAGGUGUAUCAUGCGAGGAAUAUCAGGACAGGGCAAAGUGUGGCCAUUAAAGCAAUAUGUAAGAAGAAGAUCGUUGGGAGCAACUUGAUGGCGAAUGUGAAACGGGAGAUCUCUAUCAUGCGCCGGUUGCAGCACCCUCACAUCGUGAAGCUGUAUGAGGUGUUGGCGACCAAGACCAAGAUCUAUUGCGUGAUGGAGUUCGUGAAAGGUGGGGAGCUGUUCGCGAAGGUCGCCAAGGGGCGGUUCAGCGAGGAUCUGAGCCGUCGGUAUUUCCAGCAGUUGAUCUCCGCCGUCGGGUACUGCCAUUCGCGGGGGGUGUUUCACCGGGAUCUGAAACCGGAGAACCUCCUCGUUGACGAGAACGGGUGCUUGAAGGUUUCAGAUUUCGGGCUCAGCGCCUUGACGGAUCAGAUUCGCCUCGACGGCCUCCUGCACACCUUGUGCGGCACUCCAGCUUACGUCGCGCCGGAGAUUCUCACCAAGAAAGGCUACGAUGGGGCGAAAGUGGAUGUGUGGUCCUGCGGAGUCAUCCUCUUCGUGUUGAACGCCGGUUACCUACCCUUCAACGAUCCCAAUCUCAUGGCCAUGUACAAGAAAAUAUACAAAGGCGAGUUCCGGUGCCCUAAAUGGAUGUCGCCGGACCUUAAACGUUUCCUUUCUCGCCUCCUCGACACCAACCCCAACACCAGGAUCACCGUCGAUGAAAUCCUGCAGGACCCAUGGUUCAGAAAAGGAUACAAAGAGGUGAAGUUCCAUGAAGAAGAUUUCGGACUCAAAUCCGAAAAAGAGGACCGAAGCCCCACGAACUUGAAUGCCUUCGACAUAAUUUCGUUCUCGUCUGGUUUGAACUUGUCGGGUCUGUUCAAUGACUCGUCCAAGUCGUCGCCGGAUGACGACGAGCGAUUUGUAUCGGCCGAGCCCGUGGAGAAAAUAAUCGAGAAAAUCGAGGAAAUUGCCGAAGGUGAGAACCUGACGGUGAAUUGGAAGAAGGAAUGGGGAGUUGACCUGCAGGGACCAAAUGGUAAUUUCAUAAUCGGGGUUCAAAUUGAUCGAUUAACCCAUGAUUUGGUCGUCGUGGAGGUUAGGAGGAGAGCCGGCGAUGCAGCGGCCUACGCCGCCGCGUGGAAGGAUAAGCUCCGGCCGGCGCUCGCCGGACUCAUGUUCCAAGGACCGGAGACCCAAGUCGCCGGCGAUUAAAUGUUCUGGUUAGCGCUUUUUUUAGUCUUCAAAAAAAAAAAAAAACCACUGGGAAAAGCCAGCUAACUAAGGCCAGGGCAUCAUUGGGCUCUUCUCGUUUCCUUGUUUAACAUAUCAUUAAUAAUAAAAAUGUACGUAGAGCUGUGUAAUAUAUAUAUAUUUUUAUAUUUGUAUUUGUAAAUAUACCAAAACUUAGCAAGUGAGAACAAAGAAAUAUUGGGGUUUUUCCCUUUUUGGACACCCCGAUAUCCAAAUUAAAUUCUCUUGUUUGGUUUGCCAUUUUCAUGUUUCCAGAUUUUGUAUCAAAUAAUCAAUGGGUGCAUAACCCAUUCACCUUGUGCUGUACUGAA